CAGGAGGCUGCAAGAGGAAGCGGCCCCGCGUGGCCGCGGGAGGCGGCGGCAAGAAGCCCCUCCCGCCCAAGGGCUCGGCGGCCGAGUGCAAGCAGUCGCAGCGCGACGCGGCCAACGCCCGCGAGCGCGCCCGGAUGCGCGUGUUGAGCAAAGCCUUCUCCCGGCUCAAGACCAGCCUGCCCUGGGUGCCCCCCGACACCAAACUCUCCAAGCUGGACACGCUCCGCCUGGCUUCCAGCUACAUCGCGCACCUGCGGCAGCUGCUGCAGGAGGACCGCUACGAGAACGGCUACGUGCACCCGGUGAACCUGACGUGGCCAUUUGUGGUCUCGGGACGCCCCGAUUCUGACACCAAGGAAGUCUCCUCCGCCAGCAGACUAUGUGGGACCACCGCUUAGAUCGAACUUGAAGUCAGUCGAUGGGAUUACUGGUUAAACGUGGGUUUGGGGAUCACAGAGAGAGAGGAGACUGCGUGAGAACCCCCAGAGAAUGGGAAGAAAGUCCCAUCAGAUUCUCCUAGACACCCCACCCCGCACUGCGAACCGGACAUACAGGUGGCGGGCGUGGGGGGCAGAGCUGAGGUCGGCAGCCCGGCUGUCAUCGCGGGGCGCCCACGGCUGCGGCUGCCGCGGACCUGGCGACACAUCACCUCUCCAGGAAGAGCCUCUUUAGGUCUCGGGAGCGCGCACCCAGAUCCAGCCUCCGGCUUCAGCGGUGUAGACCGCGUCGCCUUCAGAAGCCAGCCUCAAACCGCCUCGGGUUAGUUCCCAAGCUGAGCCAGGUAAACGUGCAUUAUCAGAGAUGGCGCCGCUCUGCGCAGCCCGGGCCUUCAGCGUUACGAACGCGCUCUCCUGGGUGAUCUGCUGCACGCACAGAAAUCUUCACCUGAGACCCACGACGGCCAGGUUUUUCAGUUGCAAAGGAAGGAGAGUGGAUUCCUGGGCAGGGUUGGUAUCCCAUCAGGGCCGCGCCUUGCCCGCACCCCGGAGGGGCGCUCUCCCGCAGGGGGAGCCGUGGACGUGCGCUGCGAGGGAACCCCCCGGACCGCGUUUGCCCCCAGAGCCCGGGCUGUACAGCCUCCCGGCUGCGGGCGGGCACCUCACUCCCGCAGGCUCCUGCCCCUUCCUAACUAUGCUUCGGUCCACCUUCCCCCCCAGCCCCGCAACUUCUGGCGUGAGGAGCAUCCCACCCCCACCCCGUCUUCUUUGGGCCUCCCUCUACUCCUUCCUCCUGCACCUCCUUGCAGACCCCCUCGGACUCCUGGUGGUACCCACCCGACCCCACCACAAGCUCCCGUCGCCCCCUCCUCCAAUGUCCCUCUCUUGCCGGUGUUCUCACUCUGGGCCGCUGAGGCUGUUAGGUACCCAUGACUGUGCUCUGGGGGGACGCACCGCUGCCCGGAGGCCGCACUACCACAGUAAUUAGCAAAUGUAAAUAAAUUUAUUUUUUUAUGAAUAAUAAAACACAUUGAGAAAAGUGAGUGUCCCUGGGCGUGUCAGAAUGUACUCUGUGGUAAUUACUGUGUCUGGUCUGGAAGUGAACCUAAAGGUGCCCCCUCGGCUCUGGACUGAGAUUAGGUCAUUGUCCAAGGAGUGGUGGUGGUCACAUUUGGAUCCCUGCAUUUCUAAAUGUAACUCUCCUUGACUUCUAUGAUUCCCAUUCUUCCUGUCCAGGCAAGGGUUGCUGGAAGGCAAGAA